AUGCCUCCAGCCGGAAGUACGGGUAGGAACGGGACCAAUCGCCCCACAAGUUCGCGUCAAGCGCCUGCACCAUCUGACAAUUGGCCAGUUUCUCAUCCGAUGGAGCCGAUUCCAGAAGAGCAAGAAAGUGCGGCAACGUCACCAACUCGGGUACAUCAACCAUCAACGUCAACACUGAUGUUGGAGGACAAAAGUCAUAUGAAUGAGGGGAAUCGAAGUGUGACACAAGUUCAACGAAAGAAGGAGGUGUAUACUUCCGAACAAGUGGAUACCUUGGUUAGGUAAGUCGGCCUACAUGCUUUUUUUAAUUGCUAAGCCUAAAAUGCCUCUUAAGUCUAAAGUUUUGUGCUAAGAUCAUCAUAGAAAGCCUAAGAUUGUGUGCUAAGCCUAAACUUGCGUAAUAAGCCUAAAAUUGUGUGCUAAGCCUAAACUUGCGUAAUAAGCCUAAAAUUGUGUGCUAAGCCUAAACUUGCGUAAUAAGCCGAAAAUUGUGUGCUGCUAAGCCUAAACUUGCGAAACAAGCUUAAUAUUGUGUUCUAAGCCUAAACUUGCGCAAUAAGCCUAAAAUCGUGUUGUAUGUCUAACUAUUAACGGCCGCUCUACCUUAUUGUGACACAUGCACCAAGGCUAAAAUCAUGGAUAGAAGUGAGAUAUUCUUCUGCCCUACGCACCACAAUCUUACCUUUAAUAUAUAGAUGUAGUGUUUUAAAAAAGUAAAAUUAGAGCCAGUUAUAAAGCGCACCCUAGUUUUUUAACGCCGCUAUUCAAUGACUUCAAACACUUUCAAAUUGGCGCCACGGAUUUUUUUACUCAACACACCUUAAAGAGUAUGCGGUUAGAAGUCGAUCAAGCGCAUUUUAAGGUAUAAGUUACGAAAGAGGGGGUUUCGGUGAAAAAGAUGUUUUUGUUUAAGUAAUCGUUAGUUUGGAUGGAAUUUUUGACCAAAGAAGCAUAAAUUUCAAAUUGAAAAGGUUUUAAAGACAUGGCUGGCAGGGCCGGGCAGGGACUUUUGGUCUGGGGGUCGAAAGAAUCGGCACAGGUUUUUUUUUCAAAAUCCACAAGGGGACCAAUUUCUACUUUUUUCGAAUUUUUUUUUCAGGGGGGGGGGUUCCCCUCUCCUGUUGCCCCCCCCCUUCCCCGCCGCGCCCGGCCCUGAUGGUUGGAUAUUAAUUUUAUAAACUGAGAUCUUCUUCUUUUACCCCCCCCUCCCUUAACUGUAAAAGUUUUGUUUUCACCCCCCCCUUUUUUUUAGGUGAGGUUUUACUCAAAAACGAAAUCACUUUCUUUGGCUAAACCUCACUUUCACGUACCCAAACUUGUAAUUUAAGAAUUUCGGAAUGAGUGAAAAAGUCAGCAAAUACUCGGAUUCUCCCUCAACUCUCUUAAACCAGGUGAAAGUUCACAAAUAAAGAAUUUGAACCGCUUUUUCUUAAAGACACCCCCCUCUGCUUCUCUGUCCGUACGCAUAGAGCGAAUUCUUACGCAUUUUGAUAUCAAUUUAUUGUGAGCCAAAUCGUUUUUUCAACCAUUACUCAUAUGUUCUCGGGUUUUUUUCACAAAUGAUGGGUAGGGUAAGGGAAAAGGACGAAUUUUGGGUUGAAAAAUUGGGGUUUGCUUACAUUUUUUGUUCCGGGCAGUGUAAAUUAAGGUGAUAUAGCAAACAUGUGGGUAGAGAAGAGUAAGGUAGAACUUUGGGGGUAGGUUAGAGCAGGGUAGUAGACGGAUAGAGAAGACCAUUGAACUUUGAGAUUAUGUUAGAGCAGAGCAAGAUAGAUAAUUUUUCUGUUUAAAAAAUUUUUUUUUGUUUUUAACGAUAUCUUUUAUAAGACAAUGGUCUUUUUUAAAGUAUUAUAUGUAUACAACACAAUAAUCCAUUGUUAUCCUUGUUGAUGUUUAUUAAACAUUGACUUCAAAGUCGUUUGUGUACAAAAUUUAAGAUAGGAAUUUGCUCUUUUCCCAAAAAACCGCGGGUUUAUUUGCAUUUUUAAGAGCCUUAUACGUAGAAAAAGAUAAUUUUUCGACUAUAAUUACACACUUUUAACGGUUUAAAUGUGUCAUACCUUCUUAUUGCUUUAAAAUUUUUUAAAAUUUUAAUUUUGAGUUUGGGGGGGGGGGGGAAGGGGGGGGUUUAUUUCUUUUAUACCCUAACCUGCUCUUUUCUACCGUUUUCUAAACUAUUAGGAGCCGACAUAAAGAACCCGCCAUACUUUGUCUGUAAUUUACUUUAAAAACUGGCGGGUUUAUUAUGUCGGCACCUCAUACCUUACUCUAUCCUACAUUAUCUUACCAGACCUUUACUUUUCUAACCUACUUCUUUAAAUAUAUAUUUAAAUUAAAAAAAUUGUUUUUCAGCACCCUGCCCGAAGAUAUUGUCCCGGAAGAUUGGAGGAACUUUUCAAGCGAAGAGGUCGUUAACGACCCAAUGUAAGUCUUUUUCCUGUCUUAUCUAUUUAUGAUUUACAUAAAAACAAGGGAAUUCUCAUAAAUAAACCACUCAUCUUCAAGUUUUUUGCUUAUGAAUAUAUGGCAUCUUAACAUUGCUUUUUAUAUGGACAGGUAAAACAUUAAAAUUUUGUAUUUAUAAAAAAUUUUUGACAAUUUUUUGGACUAAGAAGUGAGUUAAAUGCAACUGAAACCUAUCUAUCAUUUAACAAUAUAAUUUCAGUAUGGCCCACACGUAUGUAACACAUUUGCCGGGGCAAAUGUCGGCCAGAAGUUCGCGAACCACCUAUAUUUACGAGGCGCACUUGGACGACCCGAAUGAUAUGAAGAACUCAUUCUCCGAACACGACGACAGUUUGGAACGGCAUUCGACACAAAAAGUGACCAGAGUGACCAAAGUUACCACCACACGGUCGAUAAAACAGAUUCCGGUAGACCCGUCUGAUAUCUACUUUGACAGCGAAGGUAAUCCACGAAGUAAUGGGUAUGAUGGCACACUGAUCGAAAGCGAUGAAGGUGUUGGUAUUGAUCUGAGUCGGGCUUCCAUUACUGAAACGAGUGAGGAGAAUAGUGAACCUGUCAGAGUUGAUGGCAGCAGUGGUCAAAGUGGUGCAGGAGAUGGUAAUAAAGGAUAUGUUGGUACUGUAGAAGGUGCAAAGGGUCUUAAUGGUACAUAUAAUGACAGUGCAAGAAGCCAAGACAGUAGACACUAUCAAGAGCCUUAUCAACAUACGAAACAACAGCAAGAACCCUCUCAGCAUGCUCAGACGUACCAUGAACAGUAUCAAACGACAGAAAUUAAAACUCAUCCGACUUCCACUGCUACUCCAGAUGCACCAGAAAGGCCAGAAGUGAUGUUAACGGUUGAUAAUGACCUGCUUUUAUCAUGGAAACCGCCCAGAAAUCACGGAUCAGCUGGUGAAGUGAUUGGGUACCUAGUAGAGUUUAGGAGAAACGAAAAAGACGAUUGGGAACCGGCCCACGAUGAACUUCUGGUCGAUACUGAUUGUCGAGGUGGGUGUUUUUACUUUUUUUAUUAUUAGUUGGAGAGGGGGGGGGGAGGGGAAAGGGUUAAAAAAAUUUUUGGAGUACUUGACUGCCCGGCCUUGAUAUCAAAUGCUACUUAGGUUGUACUAUAUACGAAAUUCCUUUACUAUCACCGAAAAGCAUUAGCCGAAAUAUAAGGUAUGGAUGACCACUAGGGCCUUGGCUACCUUUGCUGACUCAAGAGCUUUAAUCACGUCGUAGAGCGUUUAAUUUCUUUCCGUAGGCAAACGUGCUCAAGCUACGGAAUUGGUCAUUUGACCGGUGUAUCAUUUCUCCAAGACCAGACGGUUUGGCCUAAAAUUAUAUUUUUUAAGCCUGAUUUAAAAAAUAUUAUUUUAGGCCGAGGGGGGAGUUGGCAGUAAGAUUUUUAAAAUUUUUGCAGGAUUUUUUAAACUUUUGAGUUGGUAACGGAUAUUAUGGGCAGGAGCAUUUUGGUCAGCUACAAAUUUUUCGUUUUGUUGUCAUUAAAUUUGUAUUGUUAUUUAAAAUCCCCAAUUACAAAAAAUAUUAGAAGGUAAUUCUAAUUUUGCGAUGCAAUUUUAAUACUCGCUCGAGGAGAUUAACAUUAUUAUAAGACAAGACGUUUAGUAGUUUGGGUGGGUUUGGUUGUGUUCUUAAAAGAAAAGUUUUCGCUUAGUAAGGUUGAAAUUUAUAGUAUCAAAAGUCUGAAAAGCAGUAAAGUAUUAAGUAUCGACAUAAAGAACCCGCCAUCUUUUACAGGAAAUCACAGGAAAAGUAUGGCGGGUUUUUUAUGUCGGCAUCUAAUAGAAAAGGGCAUUUCUGGAAACUUUUAGACCAAAGAGUGAAAUUCUAAAAAUUUUUGGAAAAAAAAAUUAAAUUUUAGCAAUUUUGGACUUAAAAAGGUAUAUAAAAACACUUUUUUUACAAAAAAAACAAGGAAACUUUGGAAAUUUCAAAAAAUUUUUAUAAGUUAAAAAAGCGCGGUAAAACUUUGUUUGUUUUUUUUUGAGUUUUCGGAUCAGCGAAUUUGAAAAAGCUUGAACAAAUAUUGUGUUAAAUGUAUUUUUCCUUUAUGAAAACAUAAAUUUGUGUGGGCGUGUUUUUUUUUGUUUUACCAGUCGAUUUGGCAUUUUUUAAAAUUUAUUUUUUAAAUUUAGAUAUUUUUUGCAAUUUUUAAAUAUUUUUAGGGGCAUUUUUUUGCUUCUUCCUAAUUCUAGGUACAUUUCUGCUAUUUUUUAGUGAUUUGAAGUGAGUAGAAUGAAUUUUUUAGGUAAAGAAUGUGAAAAAAUGUCAUUUCUUUUGUUGUUUUUUUAAAGUUUUGAGUAAAAAAUUGUUUUCUUUGCGUUAAAAAACAAAAGCAAAGUUGUAAGGCACGGAAAUUUAAUCGUAGAAAAUAAAAAAAAAGAUAAUUUCAACGAAAUUUUGUUGUUUUUAGUGGUAAUGUUGUUAUUUUGAAUCGGAAUCCUUUUACUUCAGGGUUUGAAAACAUCAAAUUUUGGUGUUCUUUAGACUAUAUUAGGGUGAAUCAAAAGCAGUGGGACACUUUUUAGUUGAAAAAUAAUUGAAAAGUGUCCCACCACUUUUGGUUUAACCUAAUAAUAACAAUAUUUUACUAGAAAACGAAAUUUUCCACUUUUCCGUCAUCAAAUUUGUCGUCAAUCACUCAUUAUAUAUUAGUGCGUUAAUGCGUCGUGAAAUGGGUGAGGGCAUUUAAGGACACAAAAGCACUAAAGUGCCAUUCUUUCUUUUUCCCGCGCGCUUAAUCGAAAGCAUAACGUUCCCUUUUGAAAAGAGCUUUGAAAACUUUUUAGUUUAAUCCACAUAUAAGCUUUACGGGAUAAGUUUUUGUUACGAUUUCAGGUGCUUUUGGUACUUUUUGUGCAAAGGUCCUUAGAUUUUUUAAAAGUUAAAAAAAAAUUUAUUUUUAAAAUUUUUUUGUUAUACGGACAAAAAUUAUCUUUUUAUCGCAUUUAAAUUGAUAAUUAUUUAUAUUUUUACGUAUUGACAUUUACUUAUGAAUAUUACAUUCACUGCGCGGGUUAACAUCUUUACCUUGUAACAUUACAGACCUUGAGUUUCUUAGUUUAAAAAUUCGAAGUAGGCCAAGAUUUGAUGGACUAGUAGUACUAAUAUACUCAAAAAUUGUUGAAUAUGUCAUCAAAUGCAUAUUGUCCAACUUCACUGUUUCGACCACCGUCGCCUGAGCCGGCUUUACCUUCGAACAUACCAUACAAUAUGUAUGAGUCGGAUUAUGCCGAGGUUUUGACCACGAAUCAAAUGGACAACUGCCGUACCAUUGAUUAUUACAAACAGGAACAUUACAAAGAUGCUUUUAGUAAGAAUGACAUCUUGGCAGUUUUGGGGGUGGUUCAAUUUUUAGAAUAUUGGGGGGGGGGGGCGGUUCAAUUUUUAUUUUUUAAAUAGGGGUAAAUAUAGAUGAGUUUAUGGUAAGGUAACGUAGGGUAUGGUAAAGCAGUGUAGGAUAAGGCAUGCUAAAGUACAUAUGAAAAUGAAAAACAUUUAAAAUUUCAAAAAUCUUUUUAAAAAUUCAGCUCUUUUGUAGAAAAACAUAAAAAUUUGAAAAAAUCGCCAGCCGGCUGAACUUAUAAAUAUUUUUUAUGAAAACAAAGAUUUUUCAUCUUGCGCGAAAGACCUUCCUUUAUUUCUCGAAAGGUGGUCAACGGUCGUUUCCCUCUUUUAUAAAUAAAAAUAAUUCUUUUACGGCAAAAAGGGUUUAAAUUCCGACGAAUUUACGGAAUCGGGAACACCAUAGUUACAUAAUGGUAUUAAUAGUUACAGGAUGUGUUUAAUAGUUGAAUAGAGUGCUGGACGAGCAAUUUUGGUCUGGUGGGGGGGGGGAGUCAAAAAUGGGGGGAGGGGGAUUCGGGAGUCAAAAAAACGGGGGGGGUAAAAAAACGGGUGGUGAGUCAAAACAUAGGUUGAGGGUACUUACGGGCAGGGUGAAUUAUUUUAUCAGUUUUUUAUCCUGAGUAAUCAACAAGCGAAACCGCGUUAAAAUUUUUUAAUUUGAGUGAAGGCAGGGGCGGAUAACUUUUUAAAAUUUUUAAUCUUGAGUCAAGACAGGGGCGGAUAACUUUUAAAUUUUUUUUUUCAUUUUUAAAUUAAAAAUUUAAUAUAAAAACUCAACUUGAAGCUUUUAAGACAUACCGCACCUUUUCAAUGUUUACCAAAGGGUUUCAAACGAUGUUCCGGCGGUGUUUUGCGAAUAGUUUUACGCAUUGUUUUGGCCACGCGCAAAACGCACGGAAGGUUUUUCUUUGGGCUUGCGGAACUUUUAAGCUUUUGACAUAAUGAACGAAUUUUUAAAAGGUGUUUUGGGAGUUAUUUUAUAAUAAAGGGACUUUUGAUAUAUUUUUUCAAUUUUAAAAUGUGUUUUAGAAGUUAUUUUAUAAUAAAGUGUCUUUUCGUAAGUUUUUUUCGAAUUUUAAAAGUUUCGCUUGUUAAACGCUGGCCUACACCAAUAAAAAUUUAUUGCAUUUUAAUGCAAAGUGCUUUUUAUUACAUUAUAAUGCGCUUUUGGACAUGCAAUCUAUAAUAUAAGAUAUUUUUGAUGAAAAUUAUGGGCUAAACCUAAAGUUUUAUGCCAAGUCUAAAACUAUGUUAAAAAUUUGGGCCUAAGCCUAAAUUUGUGUGAAUGGUCUAAUAUUGCAGGCUAAGCCUAACUUUGAGUGAUAAGCUUUAAAUAAUUCUCAAAAUAUCACAUUUUAAAUUUAAUCUUUACUUUUGGUUGCUGAUUGAAUACUUUGCCAUUUUACUGUAACAUAAUAGGGUUUUUUUUAAUUUUUAAAGUAAAACUAUAGUAUAGUAUCUAAAGUAGUAUUCCGCUUCAAAAAACUAUUGCAGUAGGUUUAAUUAAAAAACUUAAGAAGUUUGCACACGCAAAAGCAAAGUUUCAUGUUUGGAGCUUCUGCGGCGCCGGAAGACAAAUCCCCAAUGGCCAUUUCCGUGCUUAGUUUUAAAAAAAUAGAAGUGCAGUUUGAAAAAAAGUAUUUAAGACACUAAACCAGAGAAUAGAGUAAAAAAGUGUUGUUUUUUAGUUGGAGGGGAUGAGGAGGGUAAAAAUUUUUUUCUAAUUUUAAAAUAGUUUUUUUUUUGAAAUUUAAAAAUUUUUUUAAAAAUUUAUAUUUUUUUAGUAUCAAAGCUAGAAGACUUGGACUAUCAGUUCCGAGUAACCGCGGCAAAUCCAGCUGGUUUUGGUGCUCCAUCCUUAAGUUCGUUGCUGACUAGUGCUCCUCGACGGGAUUCUCAGCCAGUACUACUUGGUAUGUUAUGUUUCAUUUUUUUUUAAAUUUUUUUUACUUUUUAUUACUUUUUCGAGAUUUUUUUAAGAAUAUUAUAAAAUGGCAAAAACUUUCUUUACAAACUAAAAUUUUAGCUCCUUCUUCGCCAAAAGUAAUUUUUGUUGGUCAAGACAAGGUGAUAUUGGAAUGCGAUCCCCUUCUUCACAAUAACCCUAGAUUUAUUGGUACUACAGUAGAGUAUCGACCAGUAACAUCGAGUAUCGUCGACUGGAUUGUAGCCAACGACUACCCGAGUUUACAACUGAAGCACGAAGUUGUGGGUCUUCGACCAACCGGCGAGUACGAAUUUCGUGCGAUAGCGUUGUACGAUGAUAAUAGUCGAGUACCAUCAGUACCAGUUGGACCCAUUUUGUUAAACGGAGAUUACGGUUUGAAUUACGGUAUACCUCAAGACUACGAUAAAACGCCGGAAUACGGUAAAAUCGACAGUGUGAACGGCCAAGUUGACGUCAAUCUCCCGAGUCCCGGCCGACCUGAAGUUCAACAAGCUGACUUGACCUGGGUCCAACUGCAUUGGACACCACCGGUCAACGCUGGUACACUAGGGCCAUUUGUAUACCUAGUAGAAGUACGAGAUAUUUCUAGUACCGACUGGUUUAUAGUGGGACCGGAGCCGAUAGCAACAAACGAAUUCAUCGCUGAUAAUCUACACCGUGACUUCAGCUACGAGUUUAGGGUCAGCAUUAUGCUGGAAAAUGGUACUCGAAGUUUGCCUGGACCAGUAUCAAAUGUCAUAAGCCUGAGCCAAUUGAUGGAAUAUGCGGAGGUUGGUCGAGGUGUAGCGAGUGUACCAGAGCGACCAGCACCGCCAGAGUAUUUGGACUUUGAUGGUGGGAACAGUGUGACACUAUGUUGGUUACCGGCCAAAAGCACAUUGCCGGUUACGGUAAGUAGUAGGGCAAGGCAUGGUAGAGUAGAACACAAUUUUAAGCUUAGCUGCAGAGAAUCUGGGCGUAUCACGCAAUUUAUUAUUACGCAAUACUAGGCUUAGUUGCAAAGAAUUUUAGGCUCAGCAUGUGAUUUUUUGUUACGCAAGUUUAGGCUUAUAACUAAAGUUUAGGCUUAGCAGCAGAGAAUUUUAGGCUUAACAGCAGGUAAUUUUACGCUUAUUACGCAAGGUUUAGGCUUAACAGCAGGUAAUUUUAGGCUUAUAACGCAAGUUUAGGCUUAGCCGCAGAGACGUUUAGGCUUAGCAUGUUGUUUUUGUCUACGCAAGUUUAGACUUAUAACUAAAGUUUAGGCUUAGCAGCAGACAAUUUUAGGCUUAAUACACUAUCUUAGGCUUAGCACGCCAGUUUAGGCUUAUCCCUCAAUUUUCUUUAUUAGGGAGGGGGAAGGGGUAUAUUGGAGUAAUGCAGUGUAUUAAACACUGAUUUUUGCCCGGGUCAUUUAAAAUAUUUCGAUACUAUGGGCCGCAACUGUUGAGCCCAUUAAAUAUCACCUUGAAUAAUGUCUUGUCAUAAGCGAAAUAAUUGGAAAUUUAACGAACUUUUAAGUCGUAAGGGUUGUUUUGUCAUUAACUUAUCAAAUUGGGACCUUCUACAAAGAGAUUAAUGAAUUAGGGGGUGAAUUGAGAGUCAAAAAUCGUUGUGGGAGGUUAAUUUUUAUUAAAAAAUAUAUAAAUUUUGUCAUUUUAGGGCUACGACGUGGAGUUCCGUGACAUAAUGCAAGAUUCCGCGUGGUACAAAGUGACUGAUGCUUUAAUACGGUCUUGUAAAACGACGGUGGGGUACCUAAUUUAUGGUCAUCAAUAUCAAUUUCGGAUAUUGGCUAAAAAUUCACAUGGGUUUUCGGAGCCUUCGGACCCAUCGCCGUUGAUUACUAUUGGAUCUUUGACUAGUAAGCUUGGUUUUUAUUUUUUUAAUUUAAUUUGAUUUUUAUAUUGAUUAUGCUUUGUAAAAAGAGUUAUUGCAGUUGUUUUAUGAAAAAAAAAUUUUGUAAUUUUUUUUUGUUUUGUAAGAAAUAUUGUACAUUAAAAAUUUUGUUGGUUGAGUGAUUCUGCGCAAAAGUUUUUAAUGAGCGACAAAACACAACAAUGAGUAUACCUUCUUUAGUUGUUUUUGAGUUUUUCUCACUUAAAAUUUGAAAAAAAAAUAAUUUUUUAAUUAAAAAUAUUUUUAAUUAAAUAAAAAUUUUUUUUAAAUUACUUUUUUUGUAUUUUAGAAGACACGAAGUACUUGGAAGCAGAACGGCAUGGUGCAAUUUCACUUCUGCAGGACGAAAUGAUAAGAGAGAGUCCGCCAUUGCCUGAUAGGGAUGAUUCACCUCCGCCAAUGUAUAAACAGCCUAAUAGUGGGAAUUGUAAGUCAAUGUUUACGACGUUCUACCUUUUUUGCUGUGUUUUGUCUUAUCUUAUUUUUUCUUACUCUACCCUAUGUUACUAUAUAUAUUUUAAUAUGCCCUAUUCUGCCAUAUCUUGCCUAUUCCUACCUUAAUCAACUAUAAUAUACCUCAUUCUGUACCUUGAAAGUUUAAAAAUAAAAAUUGUCAUUUCAGUGCAAUGGCGAGAUCCCACUUUGAAAGAAGUUAUAGAAUACUUAAAAAGCAAUGACGAAGAAGUGGUAAAGGAUGCCUCAGGAUAUCUACAACAUCUCACCUACCACAACGAACUCAUCAAAGAGGACACUCGACAGUACGGUGGUAUACCCUUACUAGUGAAACUUCUAAGUCAUUCGAAUCCAGAAAUUGUGCGGAAUUGCUGUGGCAGUUUGAAGAAUCUAUGUCACGGUAAAAACAACGAUGUCAACAAGAACGCCAUUAAUGCUGACGGAGGAAUCAAAGCUUUGGGACAAGUUCUGAAGACGACUUCUAGUGUGCACGUUCGUGAAGAGGCUACUGGAGCACUGUGGAACAUCUCAUCGUGCGACGACUUGAAGGAGCCGGUGUUUCAUCAAGUGGCUGAUCUUGUAGUUUCGUACGUGGUAGUACCCGCUUCUGGAAUCAUGCAGAAUCAAGCGCCAGAACAUGGCAAGCACGGUACUGCCAGUGUGUUUCGAAAUGGUACAGGUAUUUUGAGGAAUGUGUCAGCGGCUAGUGCUGAAAUCCGAAAACUUUUGCGAGUAGUACCAGGUUUAAUAGAAGCUUUACUGUUUUCACUUAAAGCUUCGUUGGACCGACAACAAGUUGAUACUCAAGCAGUGGAGAAUACAGUGUCACUGUUGCGGAAUCUGAGUUAUCGUGUGCAAGAAGUGGUGGAUCCGAAAUACGAUCCAAGGCUACAGACACCUAGAAGCAGUAGGGAACGGAGUAAAAGUGCUCCAAAUAUGAGUCCGAAGACCAAAAGGAAGGGGUUGUUUAAGAAGUCGAAGAAGGACGACAUUGCCCAAAACGGCGGUAUUACUGUAAGUUCUGUUUUUGUGGUGUAAUAGGUAAGGUGAUUAGACAGGAGUAGGAUAUAAUGGUAUAUUAGCAUAUUAAGCACUGUGAAACAGCAAAGCUCAUAAAAAUAUUUUACAGGGUCCACCUCUACUCUGGCACUCAUCCACAGUAGAAAUUUACCUUCGUCUGCUACAAGAAGCUUCAAAACCCGAAAUUCUAGAAGCCAGUGCAGCUGCUAUUCAAAACUUGGCAGCAUGUGCAUUCGAAGGCUCUGUACAAACUCGCAUGACAGUACGAACUCUAAAAGGUCUGCCAAUCUUGGUCGAGCUCUUAAAACUACGUGAAGACAAGGUGGUAUGUGCUGUAAUGACAGCUCUACGCAACUUGUGUAUCGACCAGAAGAAUCUCGAACUAAUUAUAAAAUACGGAUUGCGCGACUUAUUGACCAAGCUUCCAUCGCCCGGCCAAGAAACUCGAAACGAUUUGGUAUCUGAUGGUACUAUUGGUGCGGUUUUAGGAAUUUUGUGGGAGGCAGCCCGAGGCAGUCUCGAGAUGACUAGGACAAUUCAUGAGCACGGCGGCACGGACAGACUAAGAACGUUGGCCAAAAGUUAUCCAAUCUAUGGCAAGAGAGUAUGCAAAUACGCGACUCAAGUAUUGUUUUUGAUGUGGCAACACCGUGAGCUACAGGAUGGAUUCAAACGAAGCGGUUUGAAGGACGCCGACUUUUACGCCGGCACGAUACAGCGACGUGGACGAUCGGCUGCGCCGUCUUCGGAUGUGGCAACAUUACGAAGACCAAUAUCAUCUCAGGGAAAUGAACGACCAGCGCAUCUGAAGUCGGCCGAUGAAACGAUUGAUAGUGCACGAUAUGAGUACGAAGCUUUGACUCCGACCGGUAGAAGGACAUCAUCCGCACGAUAUGCGGAAUAUUCACCGUACAAUGAUAGGAGUGCUUCAGCCAGGCUUGACGUAAGUGAUCUUUGGUUAACUUGUUUUUAUAAAAUUGAAAAACUUCGAUGUCGGCCGCUUUCAGUAGAACAACGCAGUCAGUGCCAUUUCUAAAAGUUAAUGCCACUUUAUGUGAUUAUUUAUUCUUUUUUUUAUACUAUUAAUGUUACAAUUGUUUAUAGGGAGACGAAGCGUUGUACUCGGCCGUUCAGAAGAAGAAGAUUGAUUCAGCACGACGUGGAUCAGUGGGAGGCGAUAGUUGGGUGUAA